AUGUCUUCUGGCUACCAGGUGGCCUCUCUGCAGGAUAACGCCACAGGCGGGGACUGUCCGGCCGAAGUGCGAUUGCCCCCCCUCCUUCCUUCCGCCAUGUAUUGUGAUGGGCGGGGGCUAACAGCCAUGCCGGCCAUCCCCCCCCGCAUGAAGUACCUGUACCUGCAGAACAACGCCAUCACAGCUGUGCCGGAUUCAUCCGUGGUGAACGCCACCAACCUGGUGUGGCUCGUGAUGCACCACAACCAGCUGACGUCGGAUGGAGUUGGCAAGAAGGCAUUUGCCCAGAUGCAGGGACUAGAGCGCCUUUACCUGCAGCACAACAACCUGACUCUCAUCCCCGCCGACCUGCCUCGCUCUCUGCGGGACCUGAGACUCAACCACAACAGUAUCGACAAGGACCUGGAUGGGAUGGCCAACCUCACGGUUCUGUAUCUCCAUGAGAACGCUUUGACGGACAUAGGUACAUCGCUGAAGGGACUCAAAUCCCUCACACUGCUGGAUGUCAGCAGCAACAAGUUGAACAAGGUUCCAGAGGGUCUCCCCGAGCACCUCCACCAGCUGUACAUGGAGUCCAAUGCCAUUGAUUCUCUGCCGGAGGGCUUCCUCAGCCGUUUCACUCAGCUUCAGUACGUCCGAAUGGCCCACAACCAGCUGACGGACAAGGGCAUUCCUCCCAACACCUUCAACGUGAGCGGCCUGGUGGAGCUGGACCUCAGCUUCAACAAACUGGAGAGGAUCCCUCCGGUCAGCACUGCACUACAGCACCUCUACUUACAAGCCAACCAGAUCAAAGAGUUCACAAUGGGUAGUUUCUGCAGCGUUGUGGAUGUGACCAACUUCUCCAAGCUGCGGACUCUGCGACUGGAUGGAAACGAGAUUAGUCCUGAGGACAUCCCGUCAGACUCGACUCACUGCCUGCGCCAGGCCUCCACCAUUGAGCUGUAG